GCCUGCGCGGUGGUGCCGGGUGAGGGAAGCCCCGCCUCCCCCGGGCCCGGGCCGCCGCGGAGUGGACGAGGCGGGCGCUGGGUCGGCUCGGUGGGAAAUGGGCGCCGCGGCUCCCAGGCAGGGGUUGCUGUAAAUCAGGUGUUAUGGACAGGUAAUGAAAGAGAGAAAUUCCUAGGCGCAACAAUGACUGAAUGCUUCCUGCCACCAACGAGCAGUCCCAGUGAACAUCGCAGGGCUGAGCAUGGCAGUGGCCUGGCUCGUACACCAAGCUCUGAGGAGAUUAGUCCUACAAAAUUCCCAGGACUGUAUCGAACUGGUGAGGCUUCACCUCCUCAUGAAGGCCUGCACGAGCCUGUUGACAUAGUGUCUGAUGAUGAAAAGGAGCACACAAAGAAAAAAGGCAAAUUUAAAAAGAAAGAAAAAAGAACUGAGGGGUAUGCAGCCUUCCAAGAGGACAGCUCGGGUGAUGAAGCAGAGAGCCCAUCAAAGAUGAAAAGACCAAAGGGUAUCCAUGUCUUCAAAAAGCCUAGUUUCUCCAAAAAGAAAGAAAAAGACUUCAAGAUCAAAGAAAAGCCAAAGGAAGAGAAGCACAAAGAGGAAAAACAUAAAGAGGAAAAACACAAGGAGAAAAAGUCCAAAGAUAUAACAGCAGCAGAUGUUGUUAAACAGUGGAAAGAGAAAAAGAAAAAGAAAAAACCUGCUCCUGAGCAGGAAACAGUUCUGGUGGAUGCUCCUUCUUCCUUCAGGCCUAUCUUUGGUGUUCCGUUGGCAGAGGCUGCUGAGAGGACUAUGCUGUAUGAUGGGAUCCAGCUGCCUGCAGUUUUUCGGGAAUGCAUUGACUAUAUUGAAAAUUAUGGCAUGAAAAGUGAAGGCAUUUAUAGGGUAUCAGGAACCAAGUCAAAAGUUGAUGAACUGAAAAUUGUAUAUGAUCGUGAAGAGUCUCCAAAUCUGGAGGAUUAUGAUGCAAAUACAGUGGCCAGCCUCUUGAAACAAUACCUUCGUGAGCUGCCAGAAAAUAUUCUUACCAAGGAACUUUUGAUGAAGUUUGAGGAUGCGUGCGGGAAAGGCACAGACAGCGAAAAAGUCCAGGAGUGCCAGCGUCUGCUAAAGGAACUGCCUGAAUCUAAUUACCUCCUCUUUUCUUGGCUUAUUAUCCAUAUGAACCAUGUCAUUGAAAAAGAAAGUGAAACAAAAAUGAAUAUCCAGAAUAUUUCUAUUGUUCUUAGUCCUACUGUUCAGAUCAGCAAUCGUGUACUGUAUCUGUUUUUCACUCACGUCAAAGAGCUGUUUGGGGAAAUAGAGCUAAAGCCAGUCGUGAAACCACUUCGAUGGUCUAAUGUGGCAACAAUGCCAGUCUUACCCGAGACCCAAGAAAGCAUUAAGGAAGAAAUUCGGCGGCAGGAAUUUCUGUUGAAUUGUUUGCACAGAGAUCUGCAAGCUGGCAUAAAGGACUUAUCGAAAGAAGAGAGGUUGUGGGAAGUGCAACGAAUUUUAACAGCACUGAAGCGGAAACUACGUGAAGCUAAAAGGCAGGAAUGUGAAACAAAGAUUGCCCAAGAAAUUGCCAGCCUUUCAAAGGAAGAUGUUUCUAAAGAAGAAAUGAAUGAGAAUGAAGAGGAGGUUAUUAAUAUUCUACUAGCUCAGAUUGUUUUAAAGGAGAAUGAAAUCCUGACUGAACAGGAAGAACUGCUGGCCAUGGAGCAGUUUUUACGAAGACAGAUUGCAUCUGAAAAGGAAGAAAUUGAACGUCUCAGAGCAGAGAUUGCAGAAAUUCAGAGCCGUCAGCAACAACAUGGUCGUAGUGAAACAGAGGAAUACUCUUCCGAAAGUGAGAGCGAAAGCGAGGAUGAGGAGGAGCUGCAACUCAUUCUGGAAGACCUUCAGCGGCAAAAUGAAGAGUUGGAGGUGAAGAACAACCACCUGAACCAAGCAAUCCACGAUGAACGAGAAGCUAUUAUUGAGCUGCGAGUUCAGCUUCGGCUGUUACAGAUGCAAAGACUGAAACAAGAGCAACGGACUCAGGAGGAUGGAGAAGAGCGCGGAGAUAAUGCCACUGGUGCUCUGCAGCACAGGGACGCUGCAAGCGAUGCCAGAAUUGCACAUGAGCAGCCCAAGUCUGUGAAGGAAACAUUAAAACCCUCUCCUAGCAAAGAUCGUAAGGAGACUCCAAUCUGAAGAGCUUCAGACAAUUUGUUGCAUUGCAGCUGCACUUAACAAAACUUUGACCAGAAAGCUGUACAAGCAGUGAACUGUAACAGUUGUUAUAAUCUUUCUCUACAGUUCAUUUUUGGUGACUAAAAGACAAAAUAUCCCAAGUAUAAAGUCAAAAGCCAUGAGGUGAAAUGGUGUUGGUAAGCACAUAAGACAAAUCUUCUGAGUUUUUUUUAAAUGGAAAAUGGGAUUUUGUUUUGUUAAAAAGGACUGUGAAAAGUCUCUGGGCCACUUUUGUUUUGUAAUUAUGCAUGUGGAAAGUAUUUUAUUUUAAACUGCAUUUUCCCUAUUAAAUAAAAAUCUAUAUUUCUAGCUGAGGAUCAGUCAGUGCCAGGAAUGUUCAGAGUAGAGGCCUUUCAACAAUAAAGGUGGAUGAACUGAAUUGUUAUUAUGAGCAAAGUUGAUAAAUGUUAUGUAGUUGUCAGUAACUUCUCUUUUGUUGGCUUUUUUUAUUUUAUAAACUCAGUAUUUGUCAUUAAUUAAAUUGGUGGGAUAUUUGCAGAGUUCACAGUAAUACCAACCUGGAAUUAGAUUGUGCCCUGGAUUUCUGAUAACUCCUGCUUUUGUACAGUUGUUUGCACUGAUCCAUAAUUUAAAAUAAAAAUAAUAAAAUGCUCGUGCGGCGAUGCAUGUGUUGAACAUUCCAGAGCCAGCUGAGGCUUUUGUGAAGCAUAUUUCAGCUUGAGAUGGCAGAGAUUUUUACGAACGCAAUCUCAGCUCAAUCGUUCAAGUGCCAUUAUCUUACAGACUAUUGCCACUAAUGACAGAGUGCCUGGUGCGAAUGUCAAGGUAGUUUAAAUUUUCGUCGUCAAUUGAUUAGUCAGACUGUCUGCUGUUAGAAUAUUAGGUAUCUGCUUUCGAAGUUUUUUUGUGUAAUUCAUUCACAAAAAUAAAAAGCCUUUUAAACUUCA